AUGAGGCCCUCACCCUGCAUCACCAGGCUCCAUCACCACCAACUCACAGGAUUGUGGAAUGUUGGCACCAGCUCUGAGACUGUAUCAUGGUAUCCUCGUGUGCUGGAGGUAGUGGAGGGAGACUCAGUAACCUGGCAGUGGAGUAAGGUGUCUGAGAACUCAUGUAGCUGCAGUGCACGGAGGUGGGUGAGGUGGCCAGCCCCUGUGGAUAACUGUGAGGACGCUGAUGGUUCUGGGCUUCUUCUCAGGGACACAGACUGCUGCAGGCCCUCAGGGAUGGCCGUACGAAGCUGGGUGACAGUGGGAAGCCACCUACCAGGUUGCCGGGAGUCAGGUCGUCAACAUGGGAGUGGCUGUGACCCCAUCCUGGAGAUGCCUCUUGGACGGAGGUCAGUGUUGGUGAAGCAUCCUGUAGGUGUGACCUCUGCUUCCGACACCUCUGUGACCUGCGAUCUGGACGACCUGGACAACCUGAGGUCGGGUGCAUACCUGCCCAUCACUGUCAAGGCAAUCAACAGGGGCAUAGCAGUGACAGACAUCGCAGGGUACAGCAGUGAGGGCCGUGUGGUGGUGGUGCCGCAGGUGUCCUCCCUCAGUCCCCUGGAAGGCUCCCUGGGUGGCAGCACCCUGCUCACCAUCAGUGGAAGUAGUCUGCAGGGUCUGGUUGCCUCUCCUGUGGUGCUGGUGGGGGGCCAGACCUGUGUGGUGCAGAGUGUCUCCUCCACCACAGUCACCUGCCUCACUCCACCCUCCACCUCUGCCACCGUGGCCACCUUCACUCUGACUGUGGCCGGUGUGCCGGCCAAGAUGGACACCCUUACCUUCACCUACAGUGAGGCACUCACCCCUGUGGUCACCAGCAUGGCAGUGCAGGGCGAGGAAGUGACAUUGUCUGGCCACAACUUUGGCAGUGACAACACCAAGGUCACCAUCACUCUGGUGCAACAGUCGGUCCCCCAUGGCUGCCGAGAGGUGCCUCAGGAGGAGGAGAAGGAAGACUUGAUGGUGGAAGAAAGGGAAGAGUGGUGGUGGUGGUGCUGAAGGAUGAGGUUGAGGACUUCCUGGGUGUGGAGGCGGGUGAUGAGAUGGACUGCCUGGUGGAGACAGUGGCCGAGGAUGAGGAUAACGUGCUCAGUGGUAAGUACCUGCAUGGCCUGGGGCAGAAGGCGAGGCUGUCCCUGGUGGA